CAUGAAAGUAAAUAUUUAGCAUCUCUGAAAGUAAUUAAUCCCAAAGAAAGUUAGCAGAGUUUAAUUUACACCAAUAAGUAAAAUGGAAUGACUUAUCCUUGUAAGUGGUAAUUUAAUGUUGCUCUAACGUUCUUCUAACAGAUUCAUUGAUUUUCUAAAUCAGUGAUUGGCAAAUUGUUUCUAAAAAGAGCCAGAUAAUGAAUAUUUUAGGCUUUCAGAGCCAGACAGUCUCCCUCACAAUUCAAUUCUACCAUUGGUGUGCAAAAGCCGCCAUAGACAAUGUGUAAGCGAAUGGGCAUGGCUGUGUACCAAUAAAACUUUAUUUACAAAAAUGACAUGGUGGCCCACUUUGACACUUCCUGUUCUAAAUUAUUUGUUCCUUAAGCUCAGAGGUAGUAUAGCUUAUGAGCACAAAAUAAGUUUAGUCCCUUGAACACUCAUACCUAGUUGAUGGCUAAACCUUUUCUCCCUUUUCUUCUGGGCUCUUAGCUACACCCCGGCUUGGCUGGGCUGCCAAAUAUACAUGUGGUUUAAGGCUACAUGUAAGCCAAGUUUGAUAACAAUACAAAGUAUUCUCCCUAAGUGACAUGGAGUCAGCCCAUGGUCAGAGGUCAUGACGUCUGUCAGGAAAGCUGCCUUGUAAUAGGUAUUAAAUGUUAGACCUGCUCUGAAAGAACAAAGGUAGAUGUGGUCUUGGAAAAAAUAAAUAAACCAGGCAAGGAGCAGAGGUCAAUAAAUGACCGAGGGUGGUGUGGGGAGGAUGAGAGUGAACAAGCCCUAUAAAGGAAUAGAGGAGAAUUACUGGGCAGUGUGGACCAGUGGUGAGGAGCUGGGGCUUUGGAAUCCCAACUCGGCCACUUUCUUAGAGAAGUUACUCAAACGUUCCGUGCCUUAUUUCCUCAUGGGAUAAAGUGGGGAUAAUAACAGCACCUGCCUCACAGGACUGUGAUGAGGUUGGCAGGAACUACAACAAGCAGCACCUGGCAUGGAGAAGAGUGCCUGGCAUGUUGUUGGAACUCAAGAAAACGUCAGAAAACCAAGAGCAGAAGAAAAGCGUCAACCACGCAGGGCAGCUGUGCUGAGGUAGCCAAAAACUUCCAGCUAAAAUUUAAGUGGAAGGAAGUUAUUUACAUUUCAGGCUUCAAGGAUACAAAAUUUCUUCCAGUAAGAAUUUCUAGUCAUAGCUGCUGACUAGAUAUUACCAAAAAUUGAAACCUCGGUCCUGAGAAUGUGAUGUCAUUUCUUACAGCCUUCCUCAGCAAUAUGGAUUUACUUUGAUAUAGAAUGCAAUAUAUACAAGAUUUUUGAACAUCAAUGUAAGGAGAGGCCAUUAAUAAUCAAGGAUAAAGGAACAGAAAGAAGAAUGCAGAACCAAACAUAAUUCUCAACCCCUAAGCUGGGGAACUAGCGAGAUGGUGACAUUGGGAGUGACAGGAAAGUUAGAAGAGUGGGAGAGGAGUGGUGGCAGAAUUCUUAGUUUCCAACUGCCAGGCCAACAAAAACAUGAAUUUCCUUUCUGGAUGUUUGCCAGAUUAAUUCAGACAAUUUUUGGGAAAUUGGAUAAGUGGCUGAAGAUUAUGGUAAAAAAAAAAGAGAGCGAGAGAGAAAGAAAAGUGAAUUUUGGAUUAUGCCAGUAAUUCUUUCAGACACAAUGAAUAAAUAACUCAUUCUACUGAAAAUCCAAGUCUCUAAAGAUAACUAAGAGUAAAGCAACAUAGAUGAAAGAGUUUAAACUGUCAUCCUGAAAUCCCCCAUCCCUCCUCACUCUUUCAUCUUUGUGGUUGGAAUGGGGAUGACAAAGUUCCCAAGGUCAAGGGCACUGCCACACUUCCUUCUUGUUCUCUUGAGCCUGGAUUUCCCACAACUGGUGGUGAAUGGGAGGCAGAGAUUACUGCUUUUGCAUCUGAUGAGAAGUCAUAAUACUCAUCUUUCCUGUUAAUUUCCAGGUCAUUCCAGCAGCAACGAUGUCCUUGGCAGCGAGAAAAAGAGCAUGCUGUAACAACAGAAUCGGGAUGUUCCUUUCUUCGCUUUGGAGUGUGAUCACAAUCCUUGGUGCCGGGUACUGCAUGGCGGUGUCCCUCCAGGCUCUCUCAGAAGGCCCGCUCGUUUGUACCUCUCAAGACAACAGCACUGCCAACUGUCAAUUUUCAUUAGGAAACUUCAGUGACUUUCAUGAUGAAUCCUUCAACCUACAGUGGUUCUUCAAUGACUCUUGUGCGCCUCCGGGUGACUUCAGGCCUCCCAUCGCGAGUAACACCUCCAUGGACAGCAGCGGCUUAUACUUCACUUCGAAAGAAAACACACACAGAAUUAUCCACUUCACAGUAUUUUUAGGGCUGCUGCUUGUGGGAAUUCUCGAGGUCCUGUUUGGGCUCAGUCAGAUCGUGAUUGGUUUCCUGGGCUGUCUGUGCGGAGUCUCAAAGCGAAGAAGUCGAGUUGUGUAG